AUGAAACGGCAAGGAUCCGUAGAAGCGUCGCAAGAUCGGUCGGGCGAUGCGGGCACGCGGUUCCGUGUUCGGGUUAGCAUGAAGAAGUACUUCAGUGACGAGCGCGCCCUCGCGUACAUGUGCGUGCGCAGCGGGCGGCGCGUGCGCUGGCUGCAGCGGCGUCUGCGGGCGCUGUUCCCGCUGCCGCCGCGCUUUGCGCUGCUCAGCGCUGGCCACUUGCUGCCGCCCGACGAGCCUCUCGCCGUCCUGCACCCGGACGACCUCGUUGAUGUAGUACCAUCUCAUGUAGAUCUUGAGACACACCGAGUCGAAGGCGACGACGUCGACUUCGUCUGCCGCACCGUCGGCGUCGCUUCGGCACCAGAGUUCGGCAUGAGCGAUCCCAACCGCUCCAACACGGUCAGCGAUCGCGUCAGUCCGGCCACUGAUCGCGAAUCCAACGAGGUCCACGCCAGUGUCGACGAAACACUUACCCCUUCCGAAAGCGCCCGAGAACACGACGAUGGCGACGAGCUGAGUGAGCGAAAAAGACGGGCGCUAAUGUUGCUGCAGCAAUACUGCGGCACCGAGGAGUGUAGCGAGCAGCGGGAGUUGCGUCCGCGCCGUCGCAGAGUGCGUCGCAGGCGCCGCGAGCCGCCCCCGCCCUCGCCCCUCCCCGCGUCCCUCCCCGCGCCGCAUCUCUCCCACGGCCACGAGGUUGGCGUGUUACGCAACGGCAUUCAAAUGCCGCGCACACCGAGACUCAUUCGACCGCUCGCCGAUACAGUAUCGUCUUAG